UAUGUGUUCAAUUUCAGGCUAACUUGGGUUUAUUAAUCUCUACUUACCUUAGAGCGCUCACGUGUUGUAAAUCGCCAGUUUCCUGUGUUCCAGCAGAUCAGUGAUUUUCUCGGUAGCCGUCUCGCUCAGAUGGUGAAUUGUUGCAAUGGCCUUAAUCGAGGGUUUCGGCGAUGAGGUCCUUUGCAUCUUUGCGCUAGUUUUUGUGAUCAUGGUUGCUGCUGUCGUGUGGGCCUCCACUUCUGUGUCAGACCGGCCGCGAGCAGCUGUGGAAUUGAGUGAUCCCGGAGUUCGCUCUAGUGUGAAUCCCCUUCUGCUUAUGUCGGAUGAACACCUACUCGGUGGGGCUGUAGGUGAUAUACCAACAUCAGAAUCACCCGGGAAUCAAAGUGAAAGUAAUCCGGCAACUGGUGAACCUGAAGUCGGCCCAGAAGCAGAACCAUCACGUCCGGAAGAUGACGUUGGUUCUCACCCAGACGCGAUCAAGAUAAAACUGAAGUACGUAAAUGAUUCUGAUAAAAGCGUAAGUGGACGCUUGGGAGAGAAACUCUCUGAUUUCAAAAGAAGAAAUUUCAGACCCGACAUAACUGCCGGAAAGUUUGUUCGCCUGAUAUUCCAAGGGAGGUUGCUUUCAAACGACGAUGACACGUUGGCGCAACAUGGAUUAUUUGAUAACUGUGUGGUCCACUGCCACGUUUCAAAUAAUCAUCCGCGGGCGCAACAACCCCAAGCUUCGGUCGAUGCAACGCAUCCGGCUUUUCAUCAUUUCAAUGACGCCGCUAUCCUGGCUCAAGGAGAGUUUGAAAUUGAGCUUGGUAAUUGGAUGAUGCCUGUAGGAGGAUUCUUGUUGAGUAUUCUCUGGGCGUACUGGUACCAGUUCGGACACUUCUUCAGCUUUCUGGCCACCAUUUGCCUCACAGUUCUCACGGGACUGUUCUGCUCAGUGCUGUUGGGCGUGUACGGUAGCCUCCGAACGGGAAGCGAAACCAGGGAUGAAAAUGCUGCGGAAGAGCGCAAUAAUAACCCCACUCUUGUUGGACUUUGGAAUUUGAACUUACCUUUGCCAAAUUUCAUGCGGCAAUACGUUGGUUCUGUACCCGCUGAAGCGCAACAAACUGCAGAGCUAUGA